GGGGCUCGGAUCCGGGACUGGGGUCUGGGGCGAGCGGCGGCGUGGGGCGAGCGGGAUCCUGAGCGUUGGGCAGGACGGGGUUGGAAAUGGGGCGCAGCGAGGCUGGGAGCCGGCCCUGAGCUCGUCCUGUGUGGUGCGGGAGCCGCGCUCAGGGGGCGCCAGAGCCCGAGGCUGAGGAGUGAAGUCAGGGCUGAGUGGGCGAAGAGAACUGGGCUAAGACAUGAGCAGUUGUCCCGAACCGGAGCAAGUCCAACUGCCCCGAGCUGAUGCCAUUCGUUCACGUCUCAUUGAUACUUUCUCUCUCAUCGAACAUUUGCAAGGCUUGAGCCAAGCAGUGCCACGGCACACUCUCCGCGAGUUACUUGAUCCUGCCCGUCAGAAGAAACUUAUGUUGGGAGAUCAACACCAGUUAGUGCGCUUCUCUAUAAAGCCUCAACAUGCAGGACGGAUUUCACAUGCCCAGAGGAAGAUGAGCAGGCUUCGAGUCCGAUGCAGUCGGAGGCCACCUCUUUCCUUGUGGGCUGGAUGGGUUCUUGAGUGUUCUCUCUUCAAGAACUUUAUCAUCUUCCUCAUCUUUUUGAAUACAAUUGUAUUGAUGGUUGAAAUAGAAUUGAUGGAAUCCACAAAUGCCAAACUGUGGACAUUGAAGCUGACUUUAGAGGUGGCAGCUUGGUUUAUCUUGCUUAUUUUCAUCUUGGAGAUCCUUCUUAUGUGGCUAUCCAGCUUUCUUCUUUUCUGGAAGAGUGCCUGGAAUGUCUUUGACUUUAUUGUUACCAUGUUGUCCCUGCUUCCUGAGAUUGUGGUGUUGGGAGGGGUGACAAGCCAGUCUGUGUGGCUCCAGUUUCUGAGGAUCUGCCGGGUGCUGCGGUCUCUCAAACUCUUUGCACGAUUCCGUCAAAUUCGAGUUAUUAUUUUGGCCCUGGUCAGGGCCCUCAAGAGCAUGACCUUCCUCCUGAUGUUGCUGCUCAUCUUCUUCUACAUUUUUGCUGUGACUGGUGUCCACUUCUUCGCAGAGUAUACCCGUUCAACUCGCCAGGACCUGGAGUACCACUUGUUCUUCUCUGACCUGAUGAAUUCCCUGGUGACAGUGUUCAUUCUCUUCACCUUGGAUCAUUGGUAUGCACUGCUUCAGGAUAUCUGGAAAGUGCCUGAAGUCGGCCGCCUCUUCAGCAGCCUGUAUGUCAUCCUUUGGUUGUUGCUUGGCUCCAUUAUUUUUCGAAAUAUUAUAGUGGCCAUGAUGGUUACUAAUUUCCAGAAUAUCAGGAAAGAGCUGAGUGAGGAGAUGACACAUCUGGAAGUUCAGCACAAAGCUGACAUAUUCAAGCGUCGGAUUAUCCAGAGGAGACAAAACCUGUCCCCUGAGGCAAUCAGGUCAAGCCAUAGCAAAAUGGAUACCAGUAGACCAAGUCGACAAAUGGUAUCUUCAGAAGCUUAUGAAGACGAGUUUAAAACAAAUGAAGCAGAAGAGGGUGUAGAUGAUUUCAAAUCCAUUGAUACCAAAGAGGAGACAAUAGGAGUAUCAAAAACAGAAGAGAUAUCAUCAAAAGAAAAACAAUACCCGCUUUCCUCUUCUUCCUCCUCCAUAUCUUCCUCUUCUUCCUCCUCUUCUGAAUCCAGAUAUACUGAACUGAUUGAGAAAUUGGACUGGGAAACUCUUGUGCACCAGAAUCUGCCUGGGUUAAUGGAAAUGGAUCAAGAUGACCGUGUUGUUUGGCCCAGAGAUUCACUCUUCCGCUAUUUUGAGUUGCUAGAAAAGCUUCAGUAUAACCUAGAAGAGCGUAAGAAGUUGCAGGAGUUUGCAGUGCAGGCACUGAUGAACUUUGAAGAUAAGGAAAGUUGAUGAUGGAUGGCUUCAAUCUCUUUGACCCCAGCAAAAGAUAAUGAAGGGAGUAGCUGGAAAUAAAGAAUUAAAAAUAUAAGUGUCUAAUAAAUACUGCUGGUA